AUGGAAGAGGAUGAGGGGCAAUCCCGCCCGGACACUCUCCCGGGUACGUCGGGAAUCCUGGGAGAUGCUGAAUUUAAUGAAAUCGUCGAUGAAUACAUUAAUUCGCGGAACAGCCAGUUCAUCGAAAUUCGAUUACCGAAAGAGCAGUCGAAAGGGUUUCAAAUAUGGGUCAGAGGCCAAAAGUUUCCGAGCAUGAAAAGCCAAAUUUCGAUACGGCUCUCCCACCUGGAGAAACGGCGUCAAGCCCUCCGCAAAGCACUAGCUGAGGCACAACACUCCUCGCGUUUGUCCUUACUUCAAGCAUGUGCAUGCCUAGACCCCACUGUCAUUGAUAUUUGCUUGGAUCAAUGGAAGCUUUCCGUUCUUGAAAAAGCUAGCCCACCGGCAAAAAUUGCUCGUCAUCCACGCACCCCGCGACCAGAAAAGCCCAAUGUGAAUUCGGACGGCGAAGAGACUCUGGAUUCGGAUUCAGAUUCAGUUCAUGAUACCGAAGAGGAGAAUCUGGGUUCGGAUUGGGAUCUCAUGCAUGACACUGAUGGACCUCCGGAACAAUCGGAACACAGUAUCUAUCCUGCCUCCAGUUCUGAUAUUGAAGACAGUUUUGAUUCUGAAGAGGACCAAGCUUCACAGGAUCAGGAGGAGCCACGUUCUCGCGCAGAUCAUCAAUAUGGACCGUUCCAUGACUCCUCUUCAGACGAGGACCUCAGUCAUCUUUUCUACAAAGAUGAGAAUUACGAGCCCCCAGCCGCCAAGAGGCGCCGUCUGAAGGAAAAUAGCGUCCACCGAAAUAAUCAAACUUCACCACUGAUGCCGAUGGCAACUCUGCCCUUUGACCAGGACGUGGCGUUGCCCUCGAAGGAGUGUGAAGCAGAGGGUCAGACGGAGGCAAAUACCGACCCCGUGAACCCGGUGUACCUCAACACACACGAGUCCGCGGACUUGGCGAGCGACAACGGCAGUGAAACUGAUGAGAUCGUGUGCAUUUUUGACGAUGUCUAUCCCAUGAUGUGGGCAACCAUUGAAGAGAAUGGAAACCGAAUUCGCCUGGUAGCGAAGGCCCUCACAGGUCUGCCGAAAAUCCGGAUCACCCAACUUUAUAGGUUUCUGAGGUCUUACAUGCCCUGUGUCUAUCGAGAAAAUACUCAAGAUGCGCUGAAACACAUGUCUGACGAUUUAUCGGUGAUCGAGGGAAUGGACCCCGAAGAGAGCCAUUCUGCAAUGUUAAUGACAGCCUUGUUCGUGUCGUGGAUCAAUGUUAUCCGAAUCCCCCAUGGCGCCUUUACGGCAAAAGAAGUCAAGGCUGCACUCAUGGCGAUCGGAGAGGACCUCGAUGAAGAUCAAUUCAAACCAUUCUUUGAAUGCUUGAAUGAUCUUCUCAAGGGAUACAGAAAAUGGUUGAAUUUGUCGUCUCGUGUCAAACCCCAUGAACAGAGCCCCAUUGGGCACCAGACGUCCAAGCGAAAGAGACCGAUCACCCUGACUCGGGCCCAGGAGGAGGGUCAGCACCGAAAGAACCAGCAAGAUCAGGACAAACGGGUCCUCCUUGAAUCACAGUCUAAUACAGCUUUGAAACCGGUUUCUUUCCAGGAGCCCGUCAUCUACCUGGACCCAUACAUCGGAAAAUAUGUCAAAGAGCACCAGCUCUCUGGUAUACAGUUCAUGUUUCGAGAAAUCAUCCAGAACAAUCGAGAAGAAGGGUGUUUGCUUGCCCAUACCAUGGGGCUGGGCAAGUCCAUGCAAGUGAUCUCACUUCUAGUAACAAUGUCAGCAGCCGGAGCAUCGCAAGACCCGGCUGUUCGUGGCCAGAUUCCGAAGGAAUUGCGAGAGUCCAAAACCCUGUUAUUGUGUCCAGCAGCGCUGAUUCAGAACUGGCGCGAUGAGUUUGCAUUGUGGUCCCCAAAGAACCACAAACUUGGCAAGAUUCGGUCUAUUCCGGCAAAAAACCAGACCGUUGACCGAACCGAAGAGAUUUGCGCGUGGAAUAAUGAGGGUGGUAUACUGAUCCUCAGCUACAACAUCUUUCGCAACCUUGUCAAGGAGAAAGCAGAAAAGAACGAGGAGCAGGCACAACAAUCGGUCAACGAAAAUGUCAAGAGUUGGGUGUUGAAUAGCCCAACUCUUGUUGUGGUUGACGAAGCUCAGAAUUUACGCAACCAUGAAAGCCAGAUUGCCGAGGCCGCCUCCCGCUUGCGCACCCGGAAACGGAUUGCCCUCACUGGAACUCCGAUAUCCAAUAGUUUGGAAGAUUACUACUGGAUGGUCGAUUGGGUUGCCCCUCAAUACCUCGGAACAUUUGCAGAUUUCAAUGACAAGUUCAUAAAAACCAUCGAAAAUGGUUCGCAUAUUGGAAGCACCAGGUUUGAGCGAAGAGAAGCCCUUCAGCGCCAGGAGCUGUUUCUCGCGAUCAUCAACCCAAAGGUACAGCGGAUGGACAUGUCUGUACUCAUAGCCGAAUUGCCACGGAAAUACGAGUUCUCCAUUUAUUUCGAGCCGACAAGGUUUCAAAAAACUGUGUACAAUCUCUUUGUUGAUGAUCUGAUAGAAGGAAAGUGCAAGGUUGCGAGCACGAAACUUAUGUCCUUCUUGAACCUCUUACAGCUCUGCUGUAUCCACCCCGCCCUGUUCAAGGCACAGCUGGAAACUCGAGAUGUUAAAAAUGCCUCUCGCCAUCAACAAAGUUCCAGCAAUGAUGAAGAUGGUACGCAUCUCGGCUUGAAUAUGCCCGCCCAAGAGAAAAUCCCUUCCAGUGUGGUGUCAUCUGAAAUGGAAAGUCUGUUGGACGGGGUUCCUGAUUUGCUGGACCCCAGUCUAUCCAGCCGAGUGGCGAUACUCAAUGAGAUUGUCAACCAGGCAAUUGCACUUGGCGACAAGGUCCUAGUGUUUUCGUCCAGUAUUCCAACGUUGCAUUACCUGGCAGAAUUGAUGCACAGAGCGCAGAUGAAUCAUUGCCUCAUCGAAGGCAAUGUGGGCCCGGCUGGACGUCCUGAGCGAAUUGACAUUUUCAACAACGAUCCGAACACCCAUGUGUGUCUUAUUUCAACCCGUGCUGGCGGUGUCGGCUUGAACAUUCAGGGCGCGAAUAGGAUUGUCAUAUUUGAUUUCCUGUUCAAUCCCACAUGGGAGGCACAAGCAACUGGCCGUGCAUAUCGCAUUGGGCAGAAAAAGCCCGUUUAUGUGUAUCGCAUGAUCGCCGGUGGCACCUUUGAAGAAAAGCUGCACGCGAAAAAUCUCUUCAAAAGCCAGCUUGCCUACCGUAUUGUUGACCAGAAAAACCUGGUCCGGAAAGGAUCCAAGUACGAAGACCCAUAUCUAGUCCCUUGCACCACCAGCUCGCAGGGUGGAGGAAUUGACGAGCUAGCUCUUGCGCAAGACCCGGAAAUGAUGAGCCGACUGAGAUCGUCUGGGUGUGCUAACUUCAUUCUCGCCGUGAAGCUCUCGGCGGAGGAGGUGGACCCUGAAGACCGUCUGACGGCGUCGGAACGCCAGUCGGUGGAGGAUGAGCUGCGCCUCAGGCGCAUGCACGUUACUGCCAUGGAUGGACAGCAAUAA